GCAAAUUGGAUAUUCCUAGCCUAAUUAAAGGGUAGGUGCAGCCUACAAUCAGCCAAAGAAUUAAAAUAAUUUAAUUAACUUGAGUCUAGUAAUAUAAAAAGAGCAAGAAUGACUGGAAAAAUGGAGAUGAGUCUAGACGAUAUUAUCAAGCAAAAUAAAGGGAAUCGACAACGCAGUGGAGGUAAGCGCACAGGUGGUGGCAGAACCUCCAGUGGCUCACCAAGACGGGGACCAAUACGCGGUGGCCGAAAACCUGGCGGUGGUGUUAUGCGUGGCCGUAGUCGUGGUGGUAUCUCCAGAAGUGGCUCAAACUUUGGCCGUUCGUUACCCAGCUAUAAACGUGAAGCUUUUCUUGGAAGCAGUGCUCCACGCAGAUAUGGCUCAAAUUCAGAUACAACUAAAUUGAUCGUGUCGAAUUUAGAUUUUGGUGUAACUGACUCAGACAUACUAGAAUUGUUCGGUGAAUUUGGACCUCUCAAGUCAGCUGGAGUACAUUAUGACAGAUCUGGUCGAUCCCUUGGUUCAGCCGAUCUAAUUUUUGAAAGGCGAGCUGAUGCAAUUAAGGCGAUGAAGCAGUACAAUGGCGUCCCUCUUGACGGUCGUGAAAUGAACAUUCAACUUGCCACGUCUGAGAUCCCAGGCAUUAAUCCAAUUCGAGGUGGCUCAAGACUCGGCAGUAACUUUAAGUCGAGAGGUCCCAUGAACCGCAGCCGAGCGUCGCGGGGUGCACCUUCCAACAAAAAUCGUGGCCCAUCGAAACGUGGCGUGAAAGCCAGUGGAGGUCGUCAAGCCAAAAAACCACCACCCACCGCAGAAGAACUUGACGCCCAACUAGAGGAAUACGUCAAGAGCAAAGUUUCAAAUUCCGACGGCGCAUAAACAUUUAGCUCUUUUUUUAUGUAGUAGAAGGGUGAAGCGUUUUAAAGAAUCAAUUAUUUGAUUAUCAUUUACAGAUUCUGAUAUACAUAAUUAGAUGCGUAUCCAUUCAUAAGGAAAAAAAAAAUUCAAUAAAAUAUUAGAUUCAUAACGCGUAAUGUUUAUACAUUGGUAAAAGAUAAUCAAAUGAUUGCCUGUUAUAACUACUACAUAAGAAAGGGAAUUAGUAUUACGUCACUGAUUUCAUAAAUAUUUGUAUGAAAUUUAUUUCAUGUUUUCUUUUUAAUAACUUACUUUGGAUCGUUAUUGACCUGUGUUUAAUGUGUAUGCGAUUCAAUGACUACCAUUCCUUCAAUGUAAUUUCUUAUUGAUCCACAAACAACUUUGUAUUAGAAAUUUAAUAUGACUUUGACUAUCUCUGAUAUAAUUUAA